AUGUUGCAGCUUUAAUGUGCUAGGGGACAUGAAUAUCCUGUUGAGAAGUUUUGUACAAAUGAAUAUUGUAAAGAGAAAAGAUUAUUUUGCUUUGAAUAAUGCUCUAAAAUUGAUUCCAUACAUGGAAAUCAUAAUAAAGAUACUGAAAAAAUUGAGAAACUUUGUGAAUAUUUGAAAGACUUAUCUUAAUAAUGCAAUAAAAUAGUAGAGGAGAUAGAAAUCUAAUUUUCAAAAGUGUAAUAACAUUUCAAGCAAUUUAAAUCAGGAAUUCUAGCUACGUAUUCAAUAAUGGAGAGCGAUCUGCUAAAUUUAAAUUCAAAUGAAAUUAGUAAUAUUUUAAGCAACUUUAUUAAAUUUAAUAAAGAAAAGCACAGGCUAGCAGAGUAGUUUAUAGAAAUCACUGACAAAUUUAUAUAAAAUCUAAAAGAUUACAGUGAAGAAUUUGAAAUAAAUCAGGUCGAAAAUUCUGAAGAUGAAGUUCCUUGUAAUCCUAAACCAUUCUCAUAUGAAUUAAUGAAAGAAAACAAUAAAAACUCAUCAAUAAGGUGUUUAUCUUUUGCAUUUAAUGAUAAUUCAUCUAUUAUUGUAGCUGGAUUAGAAAAUGGUACAAUUAAAAUAUUUGAAUUAAUAAAUGAAUUGAUGAAAGAAAAAUAGAUACU